AUGGGUGCAUCUCCACCUUUGCCAAUAGCGUACGAGGCAGGGACGAGCGAGGCAGUACCUGAUUGGUUGAACAAAGGAGACAACGCAUGGCAAAUGGUAGCAGCAACACUAGUUGGGAUUCAAAGCAUGCCAGGGUUAGUGAUCCUAUAUGGUAGCAUAGUGAAGAAGAAGUGGGCCGUGAACUCUGCUUUCAUGGCCCUAUAUGCAUUUGCAGCGGUUCUUAUUUGUUGGGUCACUUGGGCUUACAAGAUGUCCUUUGGGAGAAAGUUGUUACCCUUAUGGGGAAGAGCAGGCCCAGCUUUGGGACAAAAGUUUCUCAUCAAACAAGCCAUUUUGCCAGCUACAAGGCAUUUCUAUGAGAAUGGAACUAUAGAGACUCCAGAGAUUGAGCCCUUUUAUCCUAUGGCUAGCAUGGUCUGGUUUCAGUGUGUUUUUGCUGCCAUCACUGUGAUUAUCUUGGCGGGAUCAGUGUUGGCUAGGAUGAAUUUCAAGGCCUGGAUGAUGUUUGUGCCUCUUUGGGUUACUUUUUCUUAUACUGUUGGUGCCUUCAGCUUGUGGGGUGGUGGCUUCUUGUUCCAAUGGGGUGUUAUGGACUAUUCUGGUGGUUAUGUCAUUCAUCUCUCUUCUGGGAUUGCAGGCUUCACUGCUGCUUAUUGGGUGGGACCAAGAUCAAGGAAGGACAGGGAAAGAUUCCCACCAAACAAUGUGUUACUAACGUUGGCAGGAGCAGGACUACUAUGGCUAGGAUGGGCAGGGUUCAAUGGAGGAGAUCCUUACGCUGCCAACACAGAUUCAUCCAUGGCUGUGUUAAAUACCAACGUGAGUGCUGCUACUAGCCUUCUUGUGUGGACAUGGCUCGAUGUUAUUUUCUUCAAGAAACCCUCCGUUAUUGGAGCCGUUCAGGGCAUGAUCACUGGCCUCGUUUGCAUCACUCCCGCUGCUGGUUUGGUUCAAGCAUGGGCAGCCAUAGUGAUGGGAGUUCUAUCAGGUAGUGUUCCAUGGUUCACGAUGAUGAUAUUGGGAAAGAAAUUGAAAGUGUUGGAAAAUGUUGAUGACACCCUAGCGGUUUUCCACACUCAUGCUGUGGCUGGAUUCCUAGGUGGUAUACUCACGGGUCUCUUCGCUGAGCCACGUCUAUGUGCACUUUUCAUGUCUGUUACAAACUCUAGAGGUGGAGUCUAUGGAGGCUCAGGUGGAGUCCAAAUCCUUAAACAAAUUGUGGGUGGAUUGUUUAUCAUUGGAUGGAACCUCGUUGUCACCUCAAUUAUUUGUUUAGUCAUUGGUUUCAUUGUUCCGUUGAGAAUGUCUGAGGAAGAGUUGCUCAUUGGAGAUGAUGCUGUUCAUGGGGAAGAAGCUUAUGCUUUGUGGGGUGAUGGGGAGAAACUUAGCUUUUACACUGAGGAGUCCACCCUCCAUGGAAUGGCUUCAAGUGGUGCCACCCAAGUGGUUUAA